AGAGCAGCGAGGUCCAACGCCUGGCUGCUGUGUGCCUCCACUGUUGUUCAAAACGGACGGAUAACAAACUGAGAUGUGUGGAGGUUUUUAACGGGGAACAGAUCAAACAUCUGCUCUUAAAAUCAGCCUCGAAGACAAACGAAGAAGAGGAGCUGCAGAGGAGGAGGAGGAGGAGGAGGAGGGGAGAGAGAGACGGAGGAUAAAAGGAGGAGGACAGGGAGGAAAAACCCGGGACAGUAUAAUGCUGCAGAUUUGAGUGAAAGAUGUCCAACGUUAACAUGGAAGCCACCAACAUCCUCCCCAUACUCAAGAAGAAGCUGGCUUUUCUGUCAGGGGGUAAAGACCGGCGCAGUGGUCUGAUCCUGACCAUCCCUCUCAGCUCAGAUCAGACUAGCAUGGAGGAGCUCAGCGCCACACUGGACUACCUGCUCAGCAUCCCCAGUGAGAAGUGUAAGGCGCGGGGUUUCACCGUCAUCGUGGACGGGCGGAAGUCUCAGUGGAACAUUGUGAAGACUGUGGUGCUCAUGUUGCAGAAUGUGAUUCCAGCCGAGGUGUCGCUGGUCUGCGUGGUGAAGCCAGAUGAAUUCUGGGAUAAGAAAGUCACACACUUCUGUUUCUGGAAGGAGAAAGACCGCCUGGGCUUCGAGGUCAUCCUGGUAUCGGCCAAUAAACUGACUCGUUACAUUGAACCCUGUCAGCUGACUGAUGAUUUUGGUGGAAGUCUGGAUUACGACCACAGUGAUUGGCUUAGCAAGAGACUGGUUUUUGAGAAGUUCACGAAGGAGUCGACGUCUCUGCUGGACGAGCUGUCGGUUAUCAACGAGAGUGAUAAGAGCAGCUCGGUGGAAAAGGAAAAGUCAGCUGACUGUGCCCUGUUGCCAUCGUUUGACCCCGAAACUGUCCUGCAGACCGGUCAUGAGCUGCUGUCGGAGCUGCAGCAGCGUCGUUUUAACGGCUCGGAGGGAGGAGGAGAAGGAAAGGGAGGUCCAGCCUGGUGUCCCAUGGAGGAGGAGCUGCUGGCUCAGCCUCAGGUGAUGAAGCUUCUGGACUCACUCAGGGAGCAGUACACCAAAUACCAGGAGCUCUGCAGACAGAGGAACAAACGCACACAGCUUGACGAAAUCCACGCCAAGGUCAUGCAGGUGGUCACCUGGCUGCAGGGUCCUGGCUCAGAGCUGUUGAAGACUCAUCAGGAGAUUGGGGACUCGAUGCGAGCGGCUCAGGCUCUGCAGCAGAAACACGAGGAGAUCGAGAGCCAGCACAGCGAGUGGUUUGCGGUGUAUGUGGAGUUGAACCAGCAGAUCGCUGCUUUGCUCAGCGCUGGUGAGGAGGAAGAAGUGCUGGAGCUGAAAGCUCUGCAGCAGCAGCUGAGCGACGUCUGCUACAGGCAGGCGGCUCAGCUGGAGGGCCGACAGAACGUCCUGCAGGCAGCGCAGGGUUUCCACACCACCACACAGGAGUUGUCGCAGCAGCUGGAUGGUCUGCUGGGCAUGCUCUGUGCUGACGUGGCUCCAGCUGACGGAGCUUCAAUUCAACAAAACCUAAAACUAUUGGAGGAGAAGCUACAGGCUGUUGAGGCAGGUCUUUCUUCUCUGCGUCAGAAGGGCACGCUGUUGAUGGAGCAGAUGUGCGGCCAGCCGGCGUGGACUCUGGAGGAAGCAGAGAGUCCAGCUGGAGAACAGCCGGACAACGCUCAGCACAUACAGGGUGUGAUGGAGGAGAUGCAGCUGCGCAAGCAAAGGUGUGAAGACAUGGUGGACGUGAGGAGGCUGAAGAUGCUGCAAAUGGUACAACUGUUCAAAUGUGAAGAAGAUGCUUUACAGUCAGUCGAGUGGCUUGGUGAGCUGAUGGACGCCCUGCUGAAGACUCACGUCAGGCUGGGUGACGACUCUCAGGAGAACAGGACCAUGUUGGACAAACACAGGAAGUUUGUAGACGUUGCUCAGAGCACCUAUGACUACGGCCGUCAGCUGCUUCAGGCAACCGUGGUCCUCUGUCAGUCUCUGCGCUGCACAACGCGAUCAUCAGGAGACACUCUCCCGAGACUCAACCGAGUGUGGAAACAGUUCAGUGUCAGCGCUGAGGAGAGACAACAGAGACUGGAGCUGGCUCUGAGCUUUCACGCUGCUGCUGAGAGGGUGUUGCAGCAGGAAUGUGUGGAUGCAGAGUCUCUGGACGAGGUUGAUUCUUCAGGGAAAACGCUGCUGGACAGACUGACUAUGCCUAUUAUCUUCCCCGAUGGGAGCGAGCAGUACUUUGGGACUCCCAGCGACACAGCGGCGGCAGCAGAGAGUGUCAGAGAGCGCCUCCUACUGGUGGAGGAGCGGCGGCUUCAGCUGCAGGAGGCGAGGCUUCAUAACGACGACGACGAGGAGGACGAGGAGGAGGAGGGGCUACAUAACGGACAGGAGGCACGGUUAGACGUGAUCGGAGAGGAACUGAGUGAAAAAGAGGAGCAAGAUGAGGAGGAAGAGGGGGAGGUGGGUGAGCAGGUUGAAGACCUGGAGAGAGCUACACAGGACUGCUAAUGGAUCGCUGAAGACGUUAAACCGAGCAGCCUUAAUGAAGCUCGUUAGCGAAGGGCUGCUGACAUUUUUUCCCUGAGCAAAGGAUGCCCUUUUGAUUUUUUGCUUCUAUCGUACUGCAGCAGAAAGUCAUCUGUAGUGAUGGUAUUUCUUUACAUAUGGACUAUAUUCACCAUCAACCUCACUGCUUACCCUUCCUGAUAGAAGAUUAAACGUGUUGGAUGAGAUAUCUCCACCAUGUUUCACUCAGUUCAGCAGAAACUCUUGAAGCUAUAACACGGCUUGCUCUGGAAAAACUGUUUUUUCUGCCAUGAAGCGAUCCAACAGCAUAACAAAUGUAAAAUACUGGAAGUAUUUACUGGAAUUACUAAUAUUAACGUCUCUGGAUGCUCUGUUGAAGAUGAUCAAUCGAGCAAAAUCUGUUUAUAUAAGAAUACUCCUUAUGUACGCCUAACAUCACCUCAUUGUUCCCAGCAUGCCAUUUGCCUACCUUUUAGUGAGUGGAGUCUUCUUGGUGCUGACAUGGUAACUGUGCCUCAUCCAACUUUCUGUUACUUUUCUUUUAUGUCAUUUUCCAACUGAACCUGACGAGUCAUUGGCAGCUUUUAAACAGUCUAGGCCGGGUUCGUCCUGCUUUAUACAAACGUCUUUUUUAAAAAUGUGCUGAUGGCAAAUGACCACUGUUAUAACUGCAUGGCCUCAGCAUCCUGUUUGUUACUCUACGGUUUGAAAAAAAACAUGGAGUACUAAUAAGUUACAGCCUGACCAGUGCCCAGCUGUGACAAACCUUACCUGAAGUGAUCUUAUACACAAUUCUACGGUUAACAAUUUCAGUGCCUGCCCAGUUAUUUGGCCAAACCAAAUUACAGCAGUCAGCGAGUACCAAAAAUGAAGGCCUACAGUGCAGAAAAACAAAUAUAAAUUAAAUUUGAUCUUUUUUUUUUUUUUUCAGCUUGGGUGGUAUCACUGGAAAAACAAACUAUUUCAGAGAAACAAUGGAAUAGUUUUUGCAAGAGAUGAAAAAUGUGUGCUCAAGAAUUGGCUUGAAUUAUCAUUUUUACGCCAAAUUUAGUUGUCUUAUCUUCAAACAUGGUGGGGGGGGGGGUUUCUUUCAAACAACCUUACCUUACAUUUUUUAGGCCCCCUUUAAAGGUAUUUUACAGAACGACAUAUUUUGAUGAUACAGCAAUCAAUUUGUCGUCCGGACCCUCCGGUGCCUCAUCAAUGUCAUUGUUGUGUUUUUUUCCAAACUCAGGUUAUCUCGCUGCUUCACUUUCAAACUGUCACUGUCCGUUAAAGAGAGUAAUGGAGGCAAAAUGUGUAUCAUGACUAUAAACUGAGAAGCCUUAUUUCACAACCCAAGAGCCCCCUUUUUACAAUUUUCUUAGAAUUGUCACUUUAUCGGUUGACACGUCGUUGCUCUGUACUUCGGCAAUAACAAAGAAGAAAUGCAAGAAUUGAAGAAUUGCACUAAAGAAAGAUGAUUUUUAAGCAAAAAUGUUUUCUAAUUUCAAUUGACUUGAAGCCCACUGCUUGGACGAUUGAAGCAUGAUGUGGGACACGUGUACAUUUAUGGAUCCAUUGCUCUUGCAGCUUUCAAGGCUCCUCUGCUCCAUUUAAAAAAAAAAAAAAAAAUCAUGCUUUGAUGAUGUGCAACAAACGUGUGACGCUUACUCUGGUCUAACAGCAACUGAGGUAACAUUUGCUUCUGGAUGCAGGUCAGUUCACAGACUGGUGGUCAUUUGCCAACAAGGCACCAUCUGAACAGGAAAGGUUGCUUUUGUAUUUAUUUGAAGUUUUUAUCAACAAACCUCUCUGUAUGUGGUUGCCAUUUUUGACCAAUACCUGCUGCUCUACAUAUAACCGCUAAAUACUGUGUCUUGCAUUCUGCCCCCUUCUGUUUAAUGAAAUCCUCCUCUAAAUAAAGAAGCCUUUUGAAGUUG